UAUAGAAAUCAAAAUUUAGUACUGACUCCGUCGUUCAGAUGUAAAGACGAAAAGGGACGAUAAAAUUAAUUAGUUUUUGAAACAUUUCCAUUGUUUUGUCUUCGAAAAAAUGGCUCAAGAAGACCUACCAGUGUCUAAAAUUAUUGAACUCGAAAACUGUUCGCCAAGCAACGAACCUCGAGUUCAAGUAAAUUUACCAUCUGUGGUAGAAAAAACGAUGAAACGCUCGCAACGUCAGGUACCUAUAAUUAAAAUUCAGGAUACUUCUGAAUGCAAUGAUGAACUAGAGGCCAAACCUGUAAUAGAAUACUACGAAAGUUUUUCAUGCAAGGUCCCAUUAAUUGUAGUUCAGGAUUUUUCGUUCACCAACGAUUUACCCAAGAUUGUUAUUCAGGAUUUUUCCAUUGUUAAUAUAUCUAAACACAAAUUUCACAUACCGGAUGACAGACCUAUCAUAGAUCAUUAUGAUAGUCCGUCGCAUGAAAUGCCUCAAAUUAUAAUUCAAGAUUUUUCAUCGGAGAGCGAAUUUGAAGAUGAACAUCUAGUAUUGAGUGGUAUUACCUUGUCUUGGGUACCUCCGCAAGAAAUUCCAAAAUUAUUAAUUCGAUAUGCACCAAAGUCUAAAAUUCUGGAAAAAACAAGUUACGUUUGUAAUGAUAAUCAAAAUCCUGAAGUGUUGGAAGUUCAAAUAUUCAAGGAUUUACCAAUCUCUUCUCAGGAUAAAUCAGAAUCUAGUGACUCUCGAAAAGAAUGCAUCUUCAAUACUUCAGACUCUUCGGCAUUCAAUUCCAAAUCCAAAGAUAAACGGUCUGCUUCUAAGAAGCCGAAAAAAUCCGUAUUUCAAUCUAUGAAUCUACUGUCCAAGCCUGAAAUGGAAGUUCCGAUUUUUAAAGCCUCCAAGUACUUUAAGAACGAAACUCAGCGCGAUUUUUUAAGUGCAAAGUCUCUGCCUGAUGUCACAAAAAGUUCUUUUGAUAGUUGCAAUGAUGUAUCUACUCCUUCUAAGGAUAUCUUGAAUAGUUUGGAACAUAUUGAUUCUGAAUAUGAAUGCAACAUUUAUAUGCCAAAUUUGUCGGCCACAUAUUCCAAGACUGGAGGAGGAUCCUAUGUUUCUGAGAUUGGAAAUCAAUUUCGUUCCAAAUUCAUGCAACUACUUUCGAAGUCUUCAGACAUUCCGCUAUUUAAAGCCUCAAGAUUCUUCCCCAAGAUACAAGAUACUGAGGAUAGUGAAACUCAGAGGAGUGCUCCAAACUUCGAAAUUCGCCAUAAUCUACAAAACCUUUCUACGAACGGCAAAAAUGAAAUUAAAUCGAUUUUAUCUAAACAAAAAAGAAUUUCUCCAGCACAAAGUGCACUAGAAAUUUCGUCAAACGUUAUGGAUGCGGUUCCACUGAUUUCCUCCAAGCAAGUACAAGAUCCUCAAGUAGAUGACGUAACAGAAAAUUCAUCAGAUGGUGAAAAGGAGGUUGCAUUGAUUUUAUCCACACUAGCAGAAGCUCCUGAAGCAGACCGCGUACCAAGUAUUUUACCAAACAACGAAGAUGAAAUUAUAUGCCUUUCAUCUGAAGAAGUAGAUAUUUCUGAAGCGCGCGUUGAAAUUAAAUCGCCAGCCAGGGUGACAUUCCAGCAACCGUCCAACCCGACAGUGGAGCAAUCUUCAGACUUUUACGACUACAAUAAUGAUUCAUGGAAUGAAUCAGAAUUUCCAGAAGAGGAGUCAAUGUGUGCAAAGUGUACUUCCAGUUGGAACGAGAGACAAGACGUUAGAUGCGCUAUAUACGGCUCGGCCAUUUUUGUGAUAUGUCUUCUCUUAUUUACCCUUAUUUUCGUACUAACGGCGGAUCGGGAACAGUAUCACUUAAAUCGACCUAAGUAUCGAUUUAUUUACAACGUGACCAAUGCAUCGAACAAUGAAUCGAACGUCGUGGCCAGUGAUUGGAUACUGGUUUAAUCGUUAAAUUUUCAAAUUUGUUGAAAUAUAAACAAACAUAACAUACUAUCGGCUUAUCGAAGCUAUAUAGAUAGUAAACUUUUGUAAGCGAUGAUCUCUGUAAAUAAUAAUUAUUUAUUGAUAUAAUA